GAGAGCUGGCCGCUGAGCGCAGUACCAAACCAUUCCCACCACUACUUACCCCGCCGGCUACAUGUGUGGGGGGGGAAGAAACCUGCUGAGUAAAACCAAGCAAAGGAAAGAAACUAAAUUAAGCAUUACUUUUUACUGCAUGGAAUAACUGCACUGAUUUUUUUUUUUCCCACUGAGGCGUUAGGAGUGUAAACUAGUAAAAGUUGAAUGCCCGAGAGCACAUUUGCAAGUCCGGACUGAACGACAAUGGAAUUUGUGAUCUCGUAACCACGAGAAAUAACGUUAUCUGUCUGCGUAUACAAGCGCCGGUUGCAGACAAACUGGAUUACGUUACUCUCAUUGAAAAACUUCUUGCUUCGCUGAAAAGAGGAGUAAACCAGCGUUUUUGAGCAAGUGACUGACGAGUUGUACACAGGCAAGGUUUGGACAAAUCCUCAUGGGAGCCAUGGAAAGAUUAGAAAUGGCAGGAAAAGAGCACUGAAUUUUUACAGCCACAUCUCAUCAUUGAGUGACACCCUCUACUGCCAUCGUUGCUCAAACCUGGGGACUCCACUUCUUGUAAAUAGCUGUGGCCAGGGAAAACCCUCAUCUUGUCAUUGGAGGAACACAGUGGAUCAGGUUGUGUCCAGAAGGAUGUGUUUUUAAACCCAAACUGCUGGGAGGUCAAGAGGUGACAUGCCUCUGUAAAACACCACUGGAAACCAAUGCUCUUUUGCUAUGCCUCCGGGGAUGGUGCGUCGUCUUUCAGCAGUCCAAACACUGCUGUCUCUCCUGCUGCUAGCCGUCGGCUGGCCCUUCAACUCAUUACCUAGUGGUGUUGUCCAAGGAUCAAACUCCUCCCCCUCCAGUGUUUAUCCCACCUUUAUCCGGAAUGACACUCUGUUUGAGCACUUGGCCCUGCAUCCUGACCCCAGUGUGAGUCGGGUCUAUGUCGGGGCCCGAGAUCACCUGUUCCAGUUGGAUCAGUUUCUCCAACCUGAACUUCAGGAUGACACUGGACCAGUCACAGACAGUCGGGAGUGUUUACCUCCUGUAACUGAGAGCAACUGUCCCCAGGCUAGGGUCACCAGCAACCACAACAAGCUCCUGCUGGUUGACCCUUAUUCCAUGGAACUUAUUACCUGCGGGAGCGUCAACCAAGGAAUCUGCCAGAAACGUAGUCUGGAUUCUGUGGAUGUGGUACUUUUCUCUACAGAGAGGCCGGUAGAUACUCAAUACGUAGCAGCUAACCACCCCAACGUUAGCACUGUGGGACUGGUGGUUCGCUCUCAUCCUGACAGGCAGCCAGUUCUGUUUGUUGGGCGGGGUUACACCAGCAGCCAUCCACCUAUUUCCACACGAAACCUUGCCCAGGAACCCAUCUUUUCUUACGAAGAGACUGCCAAGUUGGCUGUGGCUGGCCGUCUCUCAGAAUACGACCAUCAUUUUGUAGCAUCAUUCGCCCACCGCCAGCAUGUAUACUUCCUCUUCUACAGGCGGGACCUAAAGUCACAGUCACGCGAGUAUCGCACCUACGUCUCUCGUGUGUGUUUGGACGACCAGGCCUAUUACUCCUACGUGGAAGUGCCCUUGACAUGCCAUUCCAGGGCAGGAAAAAUGUACAACCUCUUGCAAGCUGUCCAGCUUGGGCUCACCAAGGACGGUAAAUUGAGCAAAGGCUCAGAAGUUCUUCUUGGUGUCUUCUCCACUCAUUUGGCUUCAUCAACUCGGCCCAGUGAGGACUCUGCCCUCUGCAUGUUUAACCUUAAAGACGUGGACCACAGGAUUAACUCCACCAGAGACCUGUGCUACACACAGAUGGGGAAAGAAGCAGGACUAGAGGCAGCCUACAUAGAGUAUGAAGUCAAAUCCAACUGUGCCAACCUGCCAGAGAACACUCUGACUGCAUACCCUUGCGGCUCUGACCACACCCCUAGCCCGAUGGCCAGCAGGAUGGCCGUAGAAGCAGAGACCAUAUUGGACAGCCCGUCUGCCCGUCUCACUGCUGUGGCAGUCAGCGUGAGGGCGGGACAUACCAUUGCUUUCCUAGGAGACUCCAAGGGGAACCUGCACAAGGUGUUCUUGGGGCCAAACGGCGAGGUGGAGGAGUACUCUGUCAUCUCCAUUCAGCAGAAUACUGCUAUCAGUUCAGACCUCAUCCUGGACCAAACAGAGGAACAUCUCUUCAUCAUGACUCAUAACAUGCUGCAGAAGCGGCCUGUGGCUGAAUGCCAGCAGUACCCAGACUGCCACUCCUGCCUGCUGGCCCACGACCCAUACUGUGGCUGGUGCGUCCUGGAGGGAAGGUGUGUGUUGCAGUCAGAGUGUGCUCGUGGGAAGCAGCCCGGUCAGUGGCUGUGGAGCUUUGACAUGGAGCAGCAGUGUCUGGCCAUCCAGGACCUCAACCCCUUCAACGUCAGCAGGGAGGAGAGCAGGACAGUGUCUCUGACAGUCACAGGACUUCCAGUGUUAGAGAAAGAUGAGUCCUACUCCUGCUUUUUCAUGGACAGCCACAGUCCAGCCAUUGUCACCGAAUCUGGGGUCACCUGCCAUUCUCCUGACACCAGCCAAGUACCCAUGGUGCCUCCUGGACAGGACUUUGUCACAGUCACCCUGUCUCUUCGAUUCGGCGACGUCACCGUCACAGCGAGGGAUUUCACCUUCUAUGACUGUACGGCUGUUAAGCAGCUGUCUGGCAGCAUGCCUUGCCGUGGUUGUGUUUUGAGCCGAUGGGGCUGUAACUGGUGUGUUCACCAGCACUUGUGCACCCACAAGCCCACCUGUGAAGAGGGGGUGAUCAUCUACAACCAACAUUUUAAACUCCCCACCUCAGCUCCACCCACAACCAAAACUAUUAAAGUCAUCACAACAGCCACUACCACAACGGCUGCCCUUACAACCAGCACCAUGACAACUACCACAACAACUCCCACAACAAGUAAAACUAUCGCCACAACAACAACCGCAGCUCCUGUCACUAUAGCAACCACUCAGGAGCCAACCACCCCUCCUGCACCCAUUACUCCACCCGCGACCACCACCAGCCUUGAGCCAACCACCCCACCCACUACACUGCCCCCUCAGCCUGCCAGCACCCUAACAUCCACCACACCAGCACCCACUCCACCUCUACCCCCGAAAGUCACCACCACAACGGAAGAAGAGACUGAAGCCAGAGAGCUUUUUGUUGUCACCCAAAGUGACACUGAAGGUGCUGCAGUUACACCCACUGUCGUCAUGGUAGCCACAGAGUUGGUGCCUGUCACCAUGGCUGAUGGUCUAAGUGGAGAUCUGGACCCUGUGGUGCCUUUGAUCAUCCCGCCGCAUGAACCGGAUUCCUCCACCCUUGAGGUGGUGACAGAGUUGCCCCCCAGCAAAGCCCAGGAAGCUGAGAGAGCUUUGAGCCUGGCAGAGCCUCCCACCCCGGCCUCUUCUGGCUUCCCCCUGCCCACGCCCUUCUCUGUGGGCGAACCUGGCGACUCCGAGCCCUCCCUCUACCUGGACCUGACCCUGAUGCCCCCACAAGACUCCCAGACUGAGGCAGGAAGUCCAGGCACCGACCCUGAGGUGCUCCUCUGGCCAAAAGAAGAAGUAGACGUCCAUGCUCAGAGUGCCGUCCAGUCAGAAAAUGACACAGCCACAUUUUCUGCUGCCACUGUGUUGUCAGGUGAUGGUGAGGUUGACCACAGCCUCCCAUCCUACGCCCACCUGCUGAAUACUGACCUAGAGCUGGACUACCAGUAUGAUCCAGCUGACGCCUUCCUCCCGGGCGACGAGGGCUCCUAUGUCAGCUGGGGUUCCUCAGCUUGUCCCUGUGUGGAGAAGGUCCAGGGUUCAUCACUGCUCCCUGUCAGAGUAGAGAGGAAGAUCACCUUACUGGCCCGCAACCUGCACCUCUAUCAGGAUCCAGAGCUGGACUAUGAGUGUGUGUUGGUGAUCGAGGGACAGACGGUGGUGGUGGAUGCCUAUGUGGAGACUGAUGACAUGAAUCCAUCAAACUUUGACAUCACCUGUCAACUACACCAGUACACAUAUUCUGCUCCAGUGGAGGAAUACAAUGCUAUGGUUUACGUGAAGAGGAGGGACACCUUCCAUGUGGACAGCUCUCCUGAUCUAUAUGUGACUCUGUACAACUGCUCUGUGGGCCGCUCUGACUGCAGCCGCUGCCACACAGCUGACCACAAGUAUGGUUGUGUGUGGUGUGGCGGUGCUCGGGCCAGCUGCUUGUAUUCAGACUCCUGUAGUGAACCUGUACAGCAGAUGUGCCCUGCCCCCGUCAUCCACUCUAUCGAGCCCCUCUCUGGGUUGUUGGAAGGUGGCACCAUGGUGACCAUCUCAGGCUCCAACCUGGGCCAGAAGGCUGAAGACAUCCUCUACUCUGUGUCAGUAGCCGGUAUUCCCUGCACGGUCAUUCCCAGCCUCUAUGAGGUCUCCUCCAGAAUUGUGUGCAGGACCAAAGCCAGUGGAGGAGAGAAGGUGGGCCAUAUCUCUGUAAAAGUGAGCGGAGGAGAGUUUGGUGUGUCCAGCCAGACAUUCAGCUACCAGGACCCGUUUGUGAUGGGGGUGUCUCCUGAAAGGGGACCCAAAGCCGGAGGAACAUCCUUGACGAUCAUUGGCCGAAACCUGCUGACAGGACGUCCCUCUGACCUCACCAUCACUGUGGGAGGGGUGACUUGUCACAUUGUGUCAGAGGUGCAGAGUACCAGUGUUCAGUGUGUGACAGGCAGCAGUAAUAAGACAGGAGAUCUGCGGGUCACCCUGCAUUACGGUAGCAGCCAGCGUCACCUCCACACUUCAGCCUACUGCUACACCCACAACCCCAACAUCACCCACGCCACACCAGCAAAGAGCUUCCUGGAUGGUGGUCGACUGAUCUAUGUGUCGGGCCAAAACCUGGACGUGGUGCAGGAGCCCCGGAUGGUGGUGGCUGUCUUUCCCUUUGCGUCAAUCAGCCCAAAUAAAAGGAGAAAGCGCAGGAAGAGGAGUGGAGAGCAAGAGGACAGGGAGAAGACUUUUGGGAGGGCAGCGAGGAUGGUUCCUGAGCCUAUCUGUCCUGGAGACCCACUCUGCUCUGUCAAACAGUUCAUGGAGCGCUGUGAGGUGAACUCCUCUUCACUGAUCCUAUGCCGCUCUCCUAUGGUGGACUCCUCCAUCUGGGGGUCAAAGGUCACAACAGAGUUUCUGCUAGACAACCUGCGCUUUGACUUCAGCAGUCUGAACCCCCAGACUUUCAGCUAUGCACGCAACCCAGUCCUGCGGCCCCUUAACCAGCAGGACCCUCUGAAGGCCUACCGCUACAACCCUGGCAGCUUCAUCCAGCUAGAGGGGGAAGAUCUGGACCUGGCCAUCACUAAGGAUGAGGUGGUAGUGUUGGUUGGGGAAGGUGUGUGUGCUGUUAAGACCCUGACCAGAAACCAUCUGUACUGUGAGCCACCACCUCAGCAGCCUGCACCAGGACCCAAUGGCAAGAAACGUGAGGGCUCUGACAAUCUGCCUGAAUUCACAGUCCGAAUGGGCAACCUGAACUUCUCCCUUGGAAAGGUUCAGUAUGACAACCUCAGCCUGUCUACCUUCCCCCUGGAGGCUCAGAUUGGAGUUGGGGUUGGGGCAUCCAUAGUAGCCCUCAUCGUCCUCAUCAUUGUGCUCAUUUACAGGAGAAAGAGUAAGCAAGCUGUGAGGGACUACAAGAAGGUCCAGAUCCAACUUGAGAACCUGGAAACCAGCGUGAGAGACCGCUGCAAGAAAGAGUUCACAGACCUGAUGACGGAGAUGAUGGACAUGUCCAGCGACCUGGUGGGCUCUGGCAUCCCUUUCCUUGACUACCGGAGGUACGCUGAGCGCAUUUUCUUCCCCGGCCACCGGGAGUCUCCACUGAGGAGAGACCUGGACGUUCAGGAGUGUCGGAGGCAGACGGUGGAACAGGGCCUGGUGCAGCUGUCCAACCUACUCAACAGUAAACUCUUCCUCACCAAGUUCAUUCACACUCUGGAGAGCCAGCGGACUUUCUCUCCCAGAGACCGGGCCUAUGUGGCCUCCCUGUUGACGGUGUCUCUGCACGGCAAACUGGAGUAUUUCACCGACAUCCUCAAAACUCUCCUCAACGACCUGGUGGAGCAGUAUGUGGCCAAGAACCCCAAACUGAUGCUGCGACGAACAGAGACAGUGGUGGAGAAGCUGCUGACCAACUGGAUGUCCAUCUGCCUCUAUGCUUUCCUCAGGGACUCAGCGGGGGAGUCUCUCUACAUGCUGUUCAGGGCCAUAAAGCACCAGGUAGAUAAAGGACCGGUGGACGCUGUGACCGGCAAGGCCAAGUACACCCUUAAUGACAACCGCCUGCUGCGAGAGGACGUGGAGUACAAGACCCUGACUCUGAAUGUGUUGGUGCAGGGUGGAGGAGUGAACGAGAGCCAGCCACUGCCCUCCAAAGUGUUGGACUGUGACACCAUCACACAGGUGAAAGAAAAGCUGCUGGAUCAGGUGUACAAGGGCACCUCCUUCUCCCACCGACCCCACGCAGACUCAUUGGACCUUGAGUGGCGGUCUGGUGUUGCCGGUCAUCUCAUUCUGUCAGAUGAGGACUUGACGUCUGUGGUUCAGGGCAACUGGAAACGCCUUAACACACUGCAGCACUACAAGGUCCCAGACGGUGCAACAGUAGCGCUGGUCCCUCGCAACACCAAACACAUUCACAAUGACAACCACGACUACAUUGCAGGAGAGAAGACUCCAAUGCUGGAGGAUGCAGAUGAAGGUGGAGUGAGGCUGUGGCAUCUGGUGAAAGCCAGUGAGGAGCCUGAGCUGCCCAAACACCGCAGAGGCAGCCUGAGGGAGAAAGAGAGGGCCAAGGCCAUCCCUGAGAUCUACUUGACCCGUCUGCUGUCCAUGAAGGGUACAUUGCAGAAGUUUGUAGACGAUCUGUUCACAGUGAUCCUCAGCACCAGUCGUCCUGUACCGCUGGCUGUCAAAUACUUCUUUGAUCUGCUGGACGACCAGGCGGGACAACACGGCAUCUCCGACCCAGAGACUAUACACAUUUGGAAGACCAACAGUCUCCCUCUGCGUUUCUGGAUCAAUAUUGUGAAGAACCCUCAGUUUAUCUUUGAUGUCCAGGCAUCGGACCACGUGGAUGCCGUGCUUUCUGUCAUUGCCCAGACCUUCAUGGACUCCUGCACCAUCGCUGAGCACAAGCUGGGACGGGACUCUCCCAUUAACAAGCUGCUGUAUGCCCGAGACAUCCCCCGCUACAAGCAGAUGGUAGAAAGGUACUAUGCUGACAUCCGGCAGACCAUCUCAGCCAGUGACCAGGAGAUGAACUCUGCUCUGGCUGAACUGUCCAGGAACUACUCUGGAGAGCUGAACUACCUGGUCGCACUGCACGAGCUUUACAAGUACAUCAACAAAUACUAUGACCAGAUCAUCACAGCGCUGGAGGAGGACCCCACAGCCCAGAAAAUGCAGCUCGGCUACAGACUGCAGCAGAUCGCAGCCGCUGUGGAGAAUAAAGUCACGGACUUGUGACAGAGGAAACACCCAUCAGAGCUACAGCAAUCGAGGAGGCAAAGAGUGGGACACUUAAACCCUGCAGGUUGAACUGAAAAGCAGAAAGCAACCGACAGACAAAUUGGAAGACAGUACCAACCUUUGUUUUAGGAAGAAGGUUUGGAGUCAAGGAGCUGUGAGUUUUUUAAGAAACUUUUCAGAAGUAUCGGAAGAUUCAGCUUAGCAUUGAAGUUCACAUCCCAGCACCUUCAGUCCUUUGUUGGUGUUGGCUGAGGAUGCAUCAGUGACUUUAGUCUGAGCUCUCUGUAGAAGCAGGGCACUGAACAAAUCUGGACAAAGAAAGUGUAAAAGACACCAGUCAGGCCUGCUGUCCCUCUAUUAACUUUAUAAAGAGACAUUUGGAGGAAGAACAUUGUGUUUUAUCCAGGGUACAAAAUUAGUGUCUGGUAGAUUUGCUUUCUCA